UGCGGCCUGGAACCAUAACAACCGGAGGCAAUUAUACUUCGGAUGAAUAGACGGCUUGACGCUCCCUUGUAAAACGUCUAUGAGACACCCACUUAGUCUCGCUCUAAAGACCGAAGUUACAUAAUGCAUCAUCCAUGAUCCAGGCACUGGCAUUUGGCGCUUUUCCCUACAAGUUCGGCUAACAAAUUCCCAACUCACUUUUCUACCCCAUACGAAAAUCGCAUGAUGCCAAAUCGCCGACAAAGAACCUCUCCAUAGAAUUCAGUAAUAAUCGCGGUUCGUCCACGAGUCAUGAAGUCGACUAAAUAUCCCGCAGCAAUCGGGCCAUGCAUGGGUUUUGUAUUUCACUGGCUCUUCUCCUCGAACUUCCAUUGAAGGACAACGUUAGAUCAUAGAUGAUAGACUGCUCACCGGAGUCACGAUGCAGUUGACCAGGCUUGCAUUGGUUUUGGCACUGUCUCUCCCUUUGGCUUCUGCGCAAACGAAUCCGCUCUCCGGCAUCUCAACAUGCGCCGUUGGUUGUAUGGGGACCGUUGUCCCCAACUUCUGUAACCCGACUGAUUUGUCUUGCAUGUGUACAAAUGAAGGACUCGCAGCUAGUAUACAAGAAUGCUUGACAUCCAGUUGCACUCUCAUCGAGGCUCUUGAAACACGGAAUGCGACGGCCGUACUAUGCGAGGAACCGAUUCGAACUCGGCCCGAUGUGCUCCUCUAUCUGCCUUUGAAUAUCGUUGCUUGGGUCCUGGUGAUCUUGAGGUUCAUUGCUCGGCAUAAGUCGAUAUCUCCAAGAACCGUCGGGUUGGACGAUGCCUGUAUGGCGAUCUCCGCUGUUAUGCUCGUCCCAUUUACUAUAUUUUGCACUAUAUCUCGAUAUCAUGGUCUCGGAAUGGACAUCUGGAAAGUCACGCCAGAUGACGUUACUUUACUACUUCGGGACUUUUAUGCCACCGAGGUCAUUUAUCCCAUCAUGUCUUCGUUCAUAAAAGCAUCAUUUAUCUUCUUCUACCUUCGGAUCUUCCCCUCCCAGCGAUUUCGUAUAAUAUGUUACGGUGUCAUGACACUUAGCUUUGCCUAUGGAAUUACGUUUAGCAGCGCCUAUGCCUUCCAAUGCACACCUGUACCCUUUGCAUGGACUCGGUGGGAUGGACUUCAUGCUGGGACUUGCAUUAAUGUAAACAGCAUGGUAUAUGCUCAAGCAUCGAUCAACAUAUUCCUUGAUCUUCUGGUUCUUGGGCUUCCUUUGCCUGCGCUCUUCAAAUUGGAGCUGUCUUGGGCCAGAAAGUCGCUUGUCUUGUCCAUGUUUAGCUUGGGAUUCUUUAUUACGGGCGUCAGUUGUGUUCGAUUAUCUCAAGUUUUGAUGUUUGGAGACACUACCAACCCAUCGAGAGAAUGGUAUGGUCUUGGAAUUUGGACGGUCAUUGAAGUCGAUGUGGGGAUCAUCUGCGCAUGUCUACCGACGAUGGGCAUUCUUCUACGAAAGAUAUUCCCGGGCUUAUCGAGGUCAACUCAGAAAAACAGUCAAAUGACCCCUGCAAGCAUGGGUAGUCGUAGUCAUGAUCUGGCUCCGAGCAAGGGUGCCAAAGGUUCAAAAGGGGGAACAGGAAAAUGGGAUACUCUGAACGACGGUGGUUUUAUCGAAUUGUCGGAGAGUAUGCAGAGUUUACACCAUGCAAAUGGACGACCGUAUCAUUAGCGAGUGGAGCAUUUUACGAUUCAGUAAGGUUAAGGAUAUACUGCACUGCAAGGGACAGGGAAAGGUUGAGAGACUGUAAAUUUAGAGAGUAAUGUCAACUACAAGUAUAAACCGCUAAACUGGAUGAAAGCACUUUCAGUCCUCGGAGAUAGCUUCAAUAGCCCAUUUCAGCAUCCGUUCCGUAGCAUCCCCCUUUUGCUUCAGGAGGCCUUCUAAAAGGAUGAAGUCAUGAGCCUCCUUCUCUCCAAUUUCCAAGGUGACGU